AACAAACUCCCUCUCUGCCCGCAACAAUGUCAGGGACCGUGGAGAUCUCGUCGCCAGCUCAGCUCAGCACCCUGCUGUCAUCCUCACGUGUUGUAGUAGUCAAUUUCUACAAUGAAGGAAAUGCAUCGAGCAAAGCGAUUGCCCCAGUAUAUGACCAGCUAGCAAGCCAGCUCGCAAGGCCGAACAGGGUCACUUUUGCCAAAGUCAGCACAGUGCAACAAGCGCAAAUUGCGCAGAGUUACAACGUCACCAAUACUCCGUCGUUCGUUGUAUUCAAGAACAACCACAAAAUACGCACAUACAGCGGCUCCAAUCCCCAACAGCUCUCCGACGCCAUCAAAAGCCUCGCAGCAGAGUCGGAAAAUGCGGGCGGCGGCUCUGGGGGAUUCGGCGAGGCUGGCUCAAGUGGCAGUGACGGAUGGCGAGGAGCCGGUCUACCCCGUGGCUACACAGACGUCACGGAUCAAGUGGACGUCCGAGGACUGGACCUGCUGAACUCGGACAGCGACUUCGGUGGAGUACGGACACUCUUCGAAUCAUCGCAGCCUGCAUCGUUGAAGAAGGGCAAAGGGGCAGCAACAGGCUCAGAAGGAAGCAAAGACUGGGUCGAGAGCGAUGUGGAUAACCAGCUCAUGCUCUACGUACCCUUUACCUCGUCAUUAAAGGUCCACACGGUUCAGAUUACGUCUUGCGUUUCAGGCGACGGCGACGAUGACGAUGACGAAGCACCCGUCCGACCGAAGACAGUGCACAUCUGGACCAACCGCCAACACAAUCUGGGAUUCGAGGAAGCGGAGGAUAUCCCAGCUACCCAGACGAUCGAACUGAAGCCGUCAGACUGGGACGAGCAGACGGCCACGGCCAAGCUCGAGCUGCGGUUUGUCAAGUUCCAACAUGUGUAUUCGCUCGUACUGUUUGUGGCAGAUGGCGAAGGUGACAGCGAGAAGACGCGGAUAGAUAGGAUUCGGUUUAUUGGGGAGAGCGGCGAGAAGCGAGACAUAGGCAAGCUCGAGAAGAUUGGCGCAGACGACUGAGCGUCAAGGACUGCCGCAACACUCGGACUGGAACUCUAUGUUCCGCCGCGUAAGAGAUAAUGAGACAUAUGACAAGCACCAAAGCCUUUCGCAGGCACUUCUUCAUAUCGUGUUGCUUUCAAAGCUGUUCUCGCAUCUCUGAACUUGCAGCAGAGCUCGCAGACAAGGCUAGGUUGCGCCUCGUCUGACACCCGACUCCCAUGAACAAUAGAACAAUUCAGUCUCACGAAAAUAGUAUGUUCGAUCCUUUUCCAGCGAGAGCGCCACUGUAAAAGACGCUGCCACAAAGUGUAUACGAUCGAGAGCAAUAAUGUUCUCUCUGGGAGGUCAACGACACUAUUGAAACCACAGUAUAAAGGUUCCUAAGCAACCGGGGAAACGGACUAUCGACCUUCGCCGCACAAAGAACAGAAGAGGUU